AUGGCUGGUGACGAUACACAACAGAGCGGUGGAAAAUCAACUGAAAAAGAAAACAAAGCCAGUAAAGGUGAUACGAAUAGUGGUGACAAAGGUAGUUCAAAAAAUGAUGGAAAAAGCGGUGGUGGUGACAAAUCUGGUGGUGGGAAGACGGAUAAUUCAGGUAGUGGUGAUAAAGGCAGUUCAAAAAAUGAUGCACAAAGCGGUGGUAGUAACAAAUCUGGUGGUGGGAAAACGGAUAAUGCAGGUAGUGGUGAUAAAGAUAGUUCAAAAAAUAAUGGAAAAAGCGGUGGUGGUGACAAAUCUGGUGGUGGGAAGACGGAUAAUGCAAGUAGUGGUGAUAAAGAUAGUUCAAAAAAUGAUGCACAAAGCGGUGGUAGUAACAAAUCUGGUGGUGGAAAGACGGAUAAUUCAGGUAGUGGUGAUAAAGAUAGUUCAAAAAAUGAUGCACAAAAUAGUAAUAGCAAUAAAUCUGGUGGUGGGAAAGCAGAUUCUUCAGGAGGUAGUAAUAAAAGUAGUUCGAAAGAUAGCGCCUCAGGUGGCGCUGAUGCAAAAUCGGCUGGUAGCGAUGAUGUGAAAUCAGGUGGAGGUGGUGAUGCAAAAUCGGGUGGAGGCGAUGAUGCAAAAUCAGGUGGAGGGAAAAGUGAUGAUAAAGGUGGCUCAAAAGCUGAAGCAUCUGGUGGCGAAUGGGAAGGUGGCGAUCCAGAAAAAGGUGCAAAAAUUUUCAAAACAAAAUGUGCUCAAUGUCAUACUGCAGAAAAAGGCGGUGGUAAUAAACAAGGACCUAACCUUCAUAGUCUAUUCGGUCGACAAACCGGUCAAGUUUCAGGCUUUAGUUAUAGUGAAGCUAAUAAAAAAAAAAACAUAACAUGGGGUGGUGAUACGCUUUGGACUUAUUUGAAGGAUCCAAAGAAAUAUAUUCCUGGAACAAAAAUGAUUUUUGCCGGACUUAAAAAAGACGAGGAACGAAAAGAUUUAAUCGCUUAUUUAAAACAACAAUCAAGUGAUUAA